GAGGCGCGCAGAGAAAGAGCGGGGCCGCAGUCGGGAUCUUGGCGACGCACAGACCCGACACGACGCGGUGGCGAGGCGCUGCGAACAAGGGAAUACGCGCACUCUGCCUCUUUCUCUCUACACGAUACGAUCACUGACUGCGCGCCGACGCUGGUCGAGAACUUCUGGAACGGCGCGCGCGCCCUUUUGGAUCCCGGACAAGCCCCGUGGCUCUCCCCAUCGCCCGUCGUUCCCUGCUUUUGAAUCUCGCUCCAACGACGAGCUCAAACGUGGAUUUAUCGGCUCCACGGACGCUGCCGUUAACUGGAGACGUGCUAAAGAGACGCACGGAGGAGAGGAUCUCCUGGCUGGUAAUAGCACCUACAUAUGUGGAGUGGACGAGGGAUUUUCCUCUUUAUUUUUUAUUUUUUACGCGUGUGAGGUAUCGCACAGUGACCACUUCCAUCACGUCCCCCCUCUGGUUGCCUUCCCUCCCUCCCUCCCCCCCCUUAGGUGUUAAAUCCAUCUUCUCAGACAGAGACUCUGAACCCCUCGGUGUCCGCAUGACAUGGUUCAGUCCAGCUGCGAGAUCCGAGCCUCCUCCAUGCAUUGGGAUUUCUCUCAGCGCCGACACCGAGUGAAUCUCCCGUCUCCGACCGCCUGAGAAGUAUCGUGCCCGCCGGACCAGAGAACAAGCCCUGCCAUGACCGCCGCUGCAGAUCGGGACGGCGCAACGGCACUCGCGAGGAGACCGGAAUGCGCAUGCAGGAACGGGGAAGGAAUACGGAUUUUUGCUCUGAUGAAGGCGGGAGUGCAGGCGCACCGUUGGAGCCGGGUUCUGUUCCUAUACAUGGGGCUGCUGGCCGCCUCAGUGAAGGCUCAAAACUGCAGUUACACACUACACAGUCCCAAUGGGACGAUAGAGAGCCCCGGCUACCCUUACGGUUACCCUAACUACGCCAACUGUACGUGGGUGAUUGUGGCGGCGGAGCACAACCGGAUACAGCUGGUGUUUCAAGGCUUCGCCCUGGAGGAGGACUUUGACCUCUUGUCUGUAUAUGAUGGGCCAUCCAGCCCAGGGAACCUGCGGACAAGGUUAACGGGGUUCCAGCUGCCUUCACCCAUUGUGAGUACAGGCUCCAGGCUCACACUGUGGCUACUGUCUGACUACGCCGUCAGCGGGCAGGGAUUUAAAGCCGUCUAUGAAGCUCUGGCCAGCUACACUUGUGGUAAUCCCGGACAGCUGCUCAAUGGCCACCAGCAGGGGUCCACGUUCAACAUCGGGGACAAAAUCCGCUACAGCUGCAGCCCAGGCUACGUGCUGGAGGGUCACACCACCCUCUCCUGCCUGGCCACUUCGGCUGGUACUGCUGCCUGGGAUUUCCCCCUUCCCUACUGCAGAGCGGACGAUGGGUGCGGAGGCACACUGCGAGGCCAGAGCGGGGUGAUCACCACUCCCAAUUACCCUGCUGAGUACAGCAACAACGCAGACUGUACCUGGACGGUGCUGGCCGAGCCGGGAGACACCAUUGCCCUGGUGUUCUCUGACUUUCAGCUGGAGGACGAUUACGACCUGCUGGAGGUCAGCGGCACAGACGGCUCUUCACAGUGGUUCACUGGCCCCAACCUUCCCUCACCCAUCAUUAGCAGCAAGAACUGGCUCCGACUGCACUUCACUUCUGAUGGCAACCACAAGCUGAGAGGUUUCAGCGCCCAGUACCAAGUGAAGAAGAUGACUGAGCUCAAGUCUCGGGGUGUAAAGAUGUUGCCGAGCAAAGACAACCACCACAAGAUAUCAGUGUUGUCUCAGAUGGGUGUAGCCCAAGGACACAACAUGUGUCCUGACCCGGGGAUCCCAGAUCGAGGAAAAAGAAAAGGCUCAGACUUCAGACGAGGAGCCACAGUGCAUUUCUCCUGCGACGAGGGUUAUGAACUCCAGGGCUCAAAGAGCAUCAGUUGUCUCAGAGUGACGGACAGCUAUGUAGGCUGGAGUGACGACCGGCCCAUAUGCAGAGCACCAAUGUGUGGAGGUCAGUUGAGAGGACCGAGUGGUGUCAUCACGUCUCCAAACUACCCGGUCCAGUACGACAACAACGCAAACUGCACAUGGGUCAUCACAGCCUCAGACACAACUAAGGUGAUUAAGCUGACAUUUGAGGAUUUCGACCUAGAGCGGGGCUAUGACACCCUGACGGUGGGUGACGGCGAGGUGGUGGGAGACCAGAAGACCGUCUUUCACGUCCUGUCUGGUACCACCACUCCAGACCUGGUGGUCAGCACCAGUCACCAGAUGUGGCUCAAUUUCAAAACAGACGACACCAGUGGUUCCCUCGGCUUUAAGGUUUCCUAUGAAGAAAUUGACCAAGGCAGUUGUGGAGAUCCUGGAAUCCCAGCGUAUGGCAAACGGGAGGGGACAGGUUUCCGUCACGGAGACAGACUGUACUUUGAGUGUCUGCCUGCCUUUGAGCUGGUCGGGAAGAAGAACAUCACCUGUCAGAAGAACAACCAGUGGUCGGCUAAGAAACCCAGCUGUGUUUUUUCCUGUUUCUUCAACUUCACCACGCCGUCUGGGGUGCUGCUGUCUCCCAACUACCCUCAAGAGUACGGAAACAAUAUGCACUGCGUGUGGCUGAUCAUCACCAACCCCGAGAGCCGAAUCAAUCUGGCCUUCAACGAUCUCAGCAUGGAGAAGCAGUUUGACUUCCUCUCGAUCAAAGAUGGUGGAAAGGCUGAGUCUCCUAUCCUGGGGACCUUCUCCGGUGACGCAAUGCCUCCUCCCAUAACAACCAGUGCCCAUGUGGCACGCUUGGAGUUCCUGACUGACCACACCUACACAGACAGAGGAUUUAAUAUCACAUUUACGACAUUUCGCCACAACGAAUGUCCAGACCCCGGUGUUCCUGUUAACGGGAAGCGUUUUGGGGAGAGCCUUCAGCUGGGCAGUUCCAUCUCCUUCCUGUGUGAGGAGGGCUUCGUUAAGACCCAUGGCUCUCAGACAGUCUCGUGUAUUCUCAAGGAUGGCAACGUGGUCUGGGAUAAUGCUGUUCCCCGUUGUGAAGCCCCAUGUGGAGGGGAUCUGAAGGCUCCCAGCGGGAUUAUCCUCUCCCCUGGCUGGCCAGAACUCUAUAAGGAGGCCCUUAACUGUGAAUGGAUCAUUGAGGCUCCUCCAGGCUACCCCAUUAAGAUCAUCUUCGACAAGUUUCGCACGGAGGUCAACUAUGACGUCCUGGAGGUGCGCGAUGGACGUUUCCCUUCUUCUUCUCUGAUUGGCAGUUACCAGGGCACCCAGGUUCCCCAGUUCCUCAUCAGCACCUCCAACUUCCUGUAUCUCCUCUUCUCCACGGACAAGAGCCACUCUGACAUUGGCUUCCGUAUUCGCUAUGAAACCUUGCAGUUGCAGUCGGACCACUGCGUGGACCCUGGGAUACCCGUCAACGGCCAGCGACAUGGCAAUGACUUCUACGUGGGCGCUCUGGUGACAUUUAGCUGUGAAGCAGGUUACACACUUAGUGACACGGAGCCUUUAGAAUGUGAACCCAAUUUCCAGUGGAGCCGCCCCCUGCCUAGCUGCGAUGCGUUGUGCGGAGGUUACAUCCAGGGCAACGUCGGCACCAUCCUGUCGCCUGGCUUUCCUGACUUUUACCCGCACAACCUGAACUGCACGUGGAUAAUCGAGACCUCCCAUGGCAAAGGCGUCCAGUUCACCUUCCACACUUUCCACCUCGAGAGCCCACACGACCAUCUGUUGGUGACGGAGAACGGCAGCUUCUCUCAGCCGCUGUGGAGACUGACGGGCUCCACGCUGCCGUCGCCUCUCAGCGCGGGCUUGUUUGGAAACUACACGGCGCAGAUCCGCUUUCUCUCCGACUUCUCCGUUUCCUACGAGGGAUUCAACAUCACCUUCUCUGAGUAUGAUUUGGAGCCAUGUGAGGAUCCUGGAAUCCCACCCUACAGUACCAGAAAGGGCCUGCAGUACGGCGUGGGCGAUGCCCUCAUCUUCUCCUGUUUCCCAGGUUACCGACUGGAGGGUCCGGCGAGGGUGGUGUGUUUAGGGGGCAGGAGGCGGGUGUGGAGUUCCCCUCUGCCAAGGUGUGUUGCCGAAUGCGGCUCGUCUGUGACUGGCAUGCAAGGGGUGCUGCUCUCACCCAACUACCCCGGGUACUACGGCAACAAUCACGAGUGCAUCUACUCCAUCCAAACGCAGCCCGGCAAAGGCAUCCAGCUACGAGCGCGGGACUUCAGGCUGGAGGAGGAUGACAUGCUCAAAGUCUUUGACGGCAGCAGUAAUAAGGCUCGUCUGCUGGGGCUGUUCACAGGCAGCGAGCUGCUGGACACAACUCUGAACUCCACCUCCAGCUCCAUGUGGCUGGAGUUCAUCAGCAAUGCAGAUAACACCAGUAAAGGCUUUGAACUGCACUUCACUAGUUUUGAACUGGUGAAAUGCGAGGACCCUGGUGUCCCCCAGUUUGGCUACAAGAGGGAGGACAAAGGCCAUUUUGCAGGGAGCACCGUGUCGUAUAGCUGUGACCCGGGCUACACUCUGAAUGGCCCCGAAGUGCUCACCUGCUUGAGGGGGGAAAGGAGGGCAUGGGACAGCCCCCUCCCGCUUUGUGUUGCGGAGUGUGGCGGCGCCAUCAAGGACGAGCCUUCUGGUCGUAUCCUGUCUCCGGCCUAUCCAGCUCCCUACGAGCACAACCUGCACUGUAUUUGGACCGUCGAGGCUGCGCCUGGAAGCACUAUUAGUCUACACUUCCUGGUUUUCCACACGGAAGAGGUCCACGACGUGCUCCGCAUCUGGGACGGGCCCCAGGACGGAGGGGUCCUGCUGAGGGAGCUGAGCGGCUCGACGGUGCCCCCGGACGCCCACAGCACCUUCAACACUGUCAGCCUGCAGUUCACCACAGACUUCUUCACCAGCAAGCAGGGCUUCGCUCUGCAGUUCUCCGUCUCCACCGCAACCUCCUGCAAUGACCCGGGUACGCCUACGAAUGGCACCCGCAGCGGGGACAGCAGGGAGCCUGGGGACCAUGUGGCGUUCCAGUGUGAUCCUGGCUACAUCCUGCAGGGGGCCAACCGGAUCACCUGCACCGAGAUCAACGGCCGCUUCUUCUGGCAGCCAGACCCUCCCACAUGCACAGCCCCAUGUGGCGGGAACCUGACAGGUCCUAGUGGGCUGAUUCUGUCUCCAGACUAUCCUGAACCGUACCCCCAUGGGAGGGAGUGUGACUGGACAGUCACUGUCACACAGGACUAUGUCAUCGCCCUGAGCUUCAACCAGUUCAGCUUGGAGCCCAGUUAUGACUUCCUACAUAUCUAUGACGGGCCGGACUCCCUCGGCCCUUUGCUGGGUAGCUUCUACGGCACAGAUGUUCCUGACCGCAUUGAGAGCAGUUCCAACACGCUCUUCUUGGCCUUUCGCAGUGAUGCUUCCCUAAGCAGCAAUGGAUUUGUGCUGCAGUACACAGAGAACCCCAGGGAGUCUUGCUUCGAGCCAGGUCUGGUGCGCAACGGGACACGGGCGGGGGCCGACCUCAAGCUGGGCUCCACUGUCACCUACCACUGCGCCAGUGGCUACACCCUAGAGGGAGACCCAACCCUCACUUGCAUCAUGGGGGGAGACGGCAAGCCGAGCUGGAACAAGCCCAAGCCCAUCUGCAUUGCUCCAUGCGGUGGACAGUACUCAGGCUUGGAGGGAGUGGUCUUGUCUCCGGGUUACCCUGGCAACUACAGCACAUCGCGAACCUGUCUGUACUCUGUACUUGUCCCCAAGGAUUACGUGGUCUUCAGUCAAUUCGCCUUCUUCCAGACAGCUCUGAAUGACAUCGUGGAGGUUUAUGAUGGAGCGACGCAGCACUCCCGCGUCCUUAGCUCCCUGUCCGGAGCACACACAGGCGAGUCGUUGCCAUUAGCAACCUCCAAUCAAAUCCUGAUUCGCUUCACCUCCAAAGGCCAGUCCAGCUCCAGGGGAUUCCACUUGGUCUACCAGGCUGUGCCACGGACCAGUGCCACCCAGUGCAGCUCCGUCCCCGAGCCCCGGAAUGGUCGCCGCAUGGGCAACAACUUUGCUGCUGGCGCGGUGAUUCGCUUUGAGUGCAGCCCGGGUUACGUGCUGGAGGGAUCGAGUGCCAUUGAAUGUUUAACAGUUCCGAAUGCGCUGGCACAGUGGAACAGCUCCAUACCCAGCUGUAUAGUUCCAUGUGGAGGUAAUCUGACCCAUAGGACUGGCACCAUCUUAUCUCCUGGUUUUCCCGAGCCGUACCUCAACAGCCUCAACUGUGUGUGGAAAAUCACUGUUCCUGAAGGAUCGGGAAUCCAGAUCCAGGUAAUCAGCUUUGUCACAGAGCAGAACUGGGAUUCACUGGAGGUGUUUGACGGAGGAGACAACACCGACACCAUGCUUGGCAGCUUCUCAGGCACCACGGUUCCGGCGCUCCUCAACAGCACCUCCAACCAACUCUACCUCCACUUUUUCUCCGAUAUUAGCGUGUCUGCAGCAGGAUUCAGGCUGGAAUACAAAACGGUGUCCCUGACCAACUGUCCAGAGCCCGUGGUUCCCAUGAAUGGCAUCAAAGUUGGGGAGCGUCUUCAGAUGAAUAAUGUGGUGUCUUUCCAGUGUGAACCUGGAUAUACUCUGCAGGGGACCUCGCACAUCACGUGUAUGCCUGGGACCGUCAGACGAUGGAACUACCCACCUCCGCUCUGCAUUGCUCAAUGUGGUGGAAUCCAGGAGGAGAUGGAGGGCAUGAUUCUCAGUCCCGGAUUCCCUGGCAACUACCCUAGCAACAGUGACUGCACCUGGAGAAUCUACCUGCCGGUCGGUUUCGGAGCCCACCUUCAGUUCCUCAACUUCUCCACCGAGGCCAACCAUGAUUUCCUUGAGAUACGCAAUGGGCCCCUUGAUACGAGUGCAGUGAUUGGUAGAUUCAGCGGCCAGGAUGUUCCCUCCUCCCUUCUCACCACCUCCCAUGAGACCACAAUAUAUUUCCAUAGUGACCACUCGCAGAACAAACCAGGUUUCAGAUUUGAGUACCAGGCCUAUGAGCUACAGGAGUGCCCCGAUCCUGAGCCUUUCCGCUACGGAGUGGUGGUGGGUGCGGGCUUCAACGUGGGCCAGUCCAUCUCCUUCGAGUGUCUGCCUGGGUAUCAACUAACGGGACAUUCCAUCCUCACCUGCGAACACGGCACCACUCGCACCUGGGAUCACCCUUUCCCUCGCUGCGAAGUGCCCUGUGGUGGGAACAUCACGUCCGACAAUGGGACCAUCUUCUCCCCCGGGUACCCAGAGGAGUACCCAAGCUCGUCUGACUGCUCCUGGCUGAUCACUGUGUCUUUUGGCUUCGGCGUCAAACUGAACUUCACCCUGCUCCAGGUUCAUGGGCCACAUGACUUCAUCACUGUCUGGGAUGGUCCACAGGAGACCACCAGGAAAUUGGGGGUGUUUACUGAUGGAGAGCCCAAUGACCCACCCAGUAGCACAUCCAAUCAGGUGCUGAUACGAUUCCGGAGUAACACAGAGAAGGGUGGACUGUUCCGCAUCAGCUAUCAAGCGUACAGGCUGCAGUACUGCCUGCCUCCCCCCAUCAUUCCUAAUGGAGAGAUCCUGAUGGCAAGCAAGGAGUUUAAAAUUGGAGAUAUAGUGCGCUACCGAUGUCUUCCAGGGUAUCAGUUAAGUGGAAACAGCAUCCUGACCUGCCGGUUGGGAACACACUUGGAGUUCGAGGGGCCCCCGCCCUCAUGUGAUGUGACUUGUCCCAUGAACGAGGUGCUCACGGCUUCCACAGGAGUCAUCAUGAGCCAGUCGCCGGGCAACGGUUUCCCCCAUUUUGAGUCCUGCUCCUGGGUGGUCAAAGUGGAGCCAGGCUACAACAUCACCUUCACCAUUGAACACUUCCAGACGAGCCGUCAGUUUGAUGAGCUUGAGAUAUUUGAUGGCCCAUCCAGACAGAGCCCCCUGCUAAUCACCCUCAGUGGCAACUAUUCCAGUCCACUGAGUAUCACCAGCUCCAGUAACAAAGUCUACCUGCACUGGUCCUUCGAUCACACGACCAGCCACAAAGGCUUCAGAAUACGCUAUUCAGCGGCUUACUGCAGCCCCCCGAACAACCCUGCGAAUGGCACAGUGCACAGUCUGACAGGCACUAAGCUGGGCAGCACCCUGCGUUUCACCUGUGACCAGGGCUUCCGUCUGAUUGGCCAGAGCAGUGCCACAUGCACCCGAACGGCACAGGGGAUCCACCAGUGGAACGCUCCAGUGCCACUGUGCCAAGUCAUGUCCUGUGGAAUGCCUGUGCCCCCGGUCAACGGCAGUAUUGUCGGCCAGGACUUUUCUCUGGGAGCCAGAGCCACCUACCAGUGUAAUCCCGGGUUUCGUCUUGCUGGGCAAGUCACCACCUCAGUGGUCUGUCAGGAAGCCGGGAGGUGGAGCCCCAUUGAGGCCCCGCCCAGAUGCAUUCCUGUGACUUGUCCGGACAUUGGCCACUCUGCUGUGGAGCAUGGGAGAUGGAGACUGAUCUAUGGAACCCAAAACCAUUAUGAUGCUAUUAUGAUGCUCAUAUGUGACCCAGGAUAUUACUACAGGGGUCAAAGGGUCAUUCGCUGUCAGGCCAACAGCACCUGGAACUACCCAGAUCCACGCCCAGUCUGUGGGAUCAUAUCCUGCGGGGAUCUUGGGACUCCACCAAAUGGCAACAAGAUUGGAACGCUGACUGUGUAUGGAGCCACUGCCAUUUUCUCCUGCAACACAGGUUAUACCUUGGUGGGCUCUCGGGUACGAGAGUGCAUGUCGAAUGGGCUUUGGAGUGGAACACAGGUCCAAUGUCUCGCUGGUCAUUGUGGCACCCCGGAGCCCAUAGUGAAUGGCCAGAUCAUUGGGGAGAACUAUAACUAUCGAGGGAGCGUUGUGUACCAGUGUAACCCAGGAUUUCGUCUCAUCGGGGUGUCGGUGCGAAUCUGUGAACAGGAUCACCGCUGGUCAGGACGCACUCCUGUCUGUGUCCCAAUUACAUGUGGUCACCCUGGCAACCCGACCUUCGGUAUGACUCAAGGAAACCAGUUCAACCUGAAUGAUGUUGUGCGCUUUGUCUGCAAUACUGGAUAUGCUCUGCAGGGGGCUGUUGAAUCUGCCUGCCAGGCCAACGGACAGUGGAGCAACUCCCUCCCCAGGUGUAAAAUUGUGAACUGCACAGAGCCGGGCCACGUGGAAAACAGCAUCAGGCAGGUACUGCCCAGCGGACCGCACCGCUACAGCUUCCAGACCACUGUGUCGUACCGCUGUAACCCAGGCUACUACCUGCUGGGCACCAGCUCCAUCUCCUGUCAGGGGGACGGCACCUGGGACCGCUCCCUGCCCAAGUGCCUGUUGGUGCUGUGUGACCGCCCCAGCAUGCCACCUUACGCCCAGAUAUCAGGCGACCGCCGGACGGUGGGUUCAGUCAUCCGGUACAGCUGUAUCGGCCAGCGUGCUAUCGUCGGCAACACAACGCGAAUGUGCCAGCUGGACGGCCAGUGGAGCAGCUCACCGCCACACUGUUCUGGAGAAUCUGCUGGGCUGUGUGGAGAUCCAGGUGUUCCUGUGCAUGGCAUCCGUCUGGGUGAAGAGUUUACAGUGGGCAGUGUUGUCCGCUUUAGUUGUGAGCCCGGCUAUAUGCUGAGGGGUUCCUCAGAGAGAACCUGUCUGGCUAACGGGACCUGGAUGGGAACCCAGCCCGAGUGUCAUGUGAUCUCUUGCGGAAACCCGGGAACUCCCCGAAAUGCUCACAUCCUGAUCCAUGAUGGCCUGACGUUUUCCAGAUCCAUCACUUACGCCUGCAGGGAUGGCUAUUACUCUACUGGCCUGCUCACCCGACACUGCACUGUGAACGGGACCUGGACUGGGAACAUGCCCGAGUGCUCAAUAAUCAAUUGCGGCGACCCUGGAGUGCCAGCCAAUGGGGUGAGGUUAGGGAAUGAUUUCACCUACAACCACACAGUGAGUUUCCAGUGCUCUCCUGGCUUCACCAUGGACGCUGACCGGGCCUCCACUCUCAUCUGCACCAAGGAUCGCACCUGGAACGGAACCAAACCACUCUGUAAAGCGAUCGUUUGCGGCCCACCACCCACCAUCCCGAAUGGACAGAUCGUCGGUACAGAAUUCACCUGGGGCUCCAGCAACAGCUACUCCUGCAACCAAGGUUACCAACUUUCCCUGCCCACUGUGUUAACAUGCCAGGGCACGGGCAACUGGAGUGGAGAGAAACCCCAGUGCUUCCCUGUUUUCUGUGGAGACCCAGGAAUGCCAGCCCAGGGGAAGAGAGAGGACCGAGGAUUCACCUACCUCUCCUCUGUCUCCUUCUCCUGCUACCCUCCUCUUGUCCUGGUGGGCUCGACCAGGAGAUACUGCCAGUAUGACGGCACUUGGAGUGGCACGCAGCCCUCUUGCAUAGAUCCCACGCACACUACCUGUGGAGAUCCUGGCUCUCCUCUCUUUGGUAAUCAGAACAACAGUCAAGGCUACCAGAUCAGCAGCACUGUGUUCUUCAGCUGCAGAAAGGGAUACUUACUGCAGGGCUCCAUUUCCCGCACUUGUCUGCCCAACCUCACUUGGAGUGGUUUUCAACCCGAGUGCAUUGCCCACCACUGCAGCCAACCAGAGCUGCCAGGCCAGUCUGAUGUGAGAGCCAUUGAAUUGCCGUCCCUUGGCUACACGCUCAUAUAUACAUGUCAGCCUGGUUUCUACUUGGCCGGAGGAUCAGAGCACAGGACCUGCAGGUCCGAUGGGAGCUGGACGGGGAAGCUGCCGCUCUGUGCAGCUGAUAACCGCCCAAGUGGAAAGAGCCCAGUGGGGACAGUACAGGAGCCACCCUCCAAAUUACCAGUCCCUGGUGGUGUAUUUGCAAAGAACUCCUUGUGGAGGGGAUCCUACGAGUACCUGGGGAAGAAGCAGCCGGCCAUGCUCAGCAUCACUGCCUUCGAACCUUUUAGCAACCGGGUGAACGGGACACUCAUCGACCACAGCGGCGUGGAACUCAAACUGGCCGGGACGUACAAGAGGGAGGAAGCUCAGCUGCUGCUGCAGGUCCACCAGAUCAGAGGCCCAGUGGAGAUCUUCGUCAACAAGUUCAAAAUCGACAACUGGGCCCUGGACGGACAUGUGUCCUACAUCUCCUCGUCCAGCUCCUUUGUGUACCAGGGAUUUGUCAGAGGAAAAGGCUUUGGUCAAUUUGGUCUCCAGAGACUGGAGAGUUUAGAUCCAAACAGAGACAACCCAGGCUACAACUUCGCCUCCAACAGCAGUUCAGUGGCGGCAGCCAUCUUAGUGCCUUUUAUUGCCAUGAUCAUCGCAGGCUUCGCUCUGUACCUCUACAAACACAGAAGAAGACCCAAAGUCCCUUUCAAUGGUUACGUGGGCCACGAGAACACUAAUGGACGGGCCACGUUCGAGAACCCGAUGUACGACCGCAACAUCCAACCCACGGACAUCUUGGCCAGUGAGACGGAGUUCACAGUCAGCACAGUGUGCACAGCUGUAUAGCAACUGCUUGCUUCAGAGAUCUUUUCAUUCAUCCUUGAUUCAGUUAGCGGAGGAGAAGUGCACCACAUCGUCGCCCGCCUGCCAACAGAGGACAUCCAUAGUUCCUUGGAGCGGAGGGCAAAAACUAAAGAUUACUUUAUUUGCUGAAAUACAUCCAAGAAACGUCUCCGGUGGUGAAGGCUGUUACUCGCAGGAGAUGAGACGGAAAAAAAAAGAAAUCAUGUGAAGACAAACAGCAACUGUAACAAAUGCCAAAAGCAAAAUGCUCUUUUUUUGGGAACUUUACAUGGUUUCUUGAUCAUUUUUCUCACAUUUUGAGGAAAAGCUUCCGCCUGAAACUGCAGCCGACUGGAGGGCUGCUGGAAGCAAAGCUGUGAUGACUCUUCUCACCGCCCUCCGCCUAAACCCAAAGGGACUUUAAUGGUCAACUCGAAGUCAAGAAACUGACCAGUAGCUAACAGAGAUCUCUGUGCAAGUGAACUGUGAGGAAAGAGUCUGGACUGUUGCGAUUCACGCGUCUCUCUGUUUUCCAUUAGCCUUUUUGCGGCUUUUUUUUCCCAUCCUUUUUAUAUGCUGCUUGCUUUCAUGGGAACCCUGUUCCAACCCCAACUUGUCUGCUCCUGAGGUUGUUGAAAGGUUUCACCGGAGGCCCCCGGUCGCAGGCUGAGGAUGAAUUAAAAAUUCAGUGAGUUUAGAAGGCCAUGUUGAAGACACACACGCUGUCAUUCCUUUUCAAGCUUGACUUUUUGGGAAGCAGGGAUGAGAUUCUGCUUGCUGAGGCAGUCGUGUCCAAGCACUUAGGGAGAAUUUGUGGAGAGAUUUUACGUUUAUGUGAGAGUAAGAGAAAGUGGGAGAGAGUGGAAGAGUGAUUGUGUGUGCGCGUGUGCGUGUGUGUGUGUAUUUCUGCACACAUUUGUGGUGGCUGCGAUGUCCCAAACUAUCUCCUGUCUGGCGCCCCAAAAAAUCAACCCACACACAUCAAUUCAUUUGCGAAAAUGUCCUUUUUUUCUGCAAAGGUUUGGGUUUGGAGCAUCUGGCUGGAUGCUCUCGACACCAAUAAAUGAAAACGACGACAGUGUACACAUUCUGCAGAAUUUUUAAAAACCUGAAGACUGUGUCCAACAUCCCUCUUCUCUCUCUUGGCUUGUAAGUGACUCGUGUGCAGUCAAUUUACAUUUUUUUGUGUGUUGGAGAGACUGAAGAGAAAGAGUGGAUGUACAAAUUCAACUUUAAAGCAAAUCAGAAUGUUAAUGAAUACAUGUCAGACUAGCUUCAGGAGCAUUGGUUACAUCCCUCCACUGUCGCUCUAAGGUGCUUGAGGAGAAAUAGACAUCAGCUGAGUCCAAGUAGGAAUGGCCACUGGGAUAAUUCCAUGGAUUUCCAAAUGCCUUUGUGACUCAUUCUUAUUUAUUUUUUUUGCUUAAUUUUUACAAAAGGGAGAACAAAGCUGUAGCAGCAAUGUGCAGAGCAACAAGUUGCCCGUUUUUUCAAGGCGGACUGCAGUUGUGAUGUCGAAUUCUCCAUUUUCACGUUCCUUUUAACCCCGGAUCCACCUUCACGUCUCCCUGGCUUGAGGGUACAAACUGUGCGUCUCUUCGCGAGCUCCCUAAACUUGGCCUCAGGAAAACAACGAUCAAAAGAGCGGUCAUGUUCUAACUCCCCCCCCCCCGAAAUUUUCAACUGAAGCCGUUUGAGCGUGACGAAUGAAUGGAUCAGUGGUGUUUUUCCUACCAUGUUGACUCCAGACAGCUCCAUCCCUUUGAAAAGAAAAGGAGAAGCGUUGCUCUGUUUUCUCUUCGCUCCUCGUGAGAAUGAUGCAGAGGGCUUCCUCGGAGCUGUGACAGCAGGGAGGUCGCUGCCACACUGAUCACUACCCAUGCAUUUAACUGGAAAUGAUAAAUAUGGUAUCGGAGAAUAAAGCAUUUAUGUCUCCAAUGCUAACACUCCUCAAAUCCAUGGCAGAUGGGAGUGAUGUAAGGAAAAUAUUAUUUUGAAAGUGCCACGCGGGAGGGAACUGCCUUCAGACCGUCAGUCCACUCUACCUUGGCUGUGACUGACAAGCCUGAUGAGAAGAGCGGAUUGAAACGAUGAAUGCUUUUCUGACCCUUAUAAUGUGUGCGUGUGUGUGUUUGUAGAAUGUGUAUGAGAAGGAAGGAAACCCACUGGAUUUUAAACUCGCUGCUCUCAGCUAUUUACCACUCUCCCCCACCAGUGUGUCCCGUGGAUGCUGACCGAGGUGAAUAGUGGUCGAAUUUCACUGCAGCAAAUUUGAGACAUCACAUGUAAUUUGCUUCAAUUCAGCCCUGCUUCAUUGUCGAAUGCUGAAUUCAUCCCUCCAUUAUCACUGACACGACAGACCAUCAAUUAUGUGAUGCCUGACUCCCAAAACAGCAGUGUAAAACACCCAUACCACUUCCAUUAACCAUGUGUACUCUUUGGCAUAUAUGUAUAUAUACACACACACACACACACACACACGUAUAUACAUAUAUAUAUAUGCAGCAAAGUGGCCUUCACAGUCAAAAUCAACCUCCAUACCACCUGUUUUUUUCAAUGAAGUCUUUACAAUACACACAGAACGCAAAUUCGCUUAGAAAUUCAACCAAUGAAACAAAUCACUCCAUUGUUCCUUCAAUCAGUUCCGCCGUAGGUCGGUAAUUGCUUUUACAAUUUUAUUACUUUUAAAGCUCAUGCUUAUCUCGACACUACAGAUAGAAUAUUGCCACUUGCCCGCUCUGGUCGUGAAUUGAUGGGAAAGGAAACGAUUGAAUUACCCCAGAGAUUUCACGGGGGAGAGGAGCAGUUGCACUCAUUUUAUCUCGACGCCAUUGCUGCUCAGUUCUCAUCGUUUUUUUCCGGGGCGGGGGGGGGGGAGCGCCUGUUGCACUGCGCGUUUCAUUUUGUUUUUUAUUCUGAAAUUGCUCCAAAUAUUGAAGCAGAGUGAAUAUGCUUCAUUACAUUCCAGUUACUCUCCGUUAAGGCCACUUUGAAGUGGUCUUCCCCCUCCAUUGGUUCCUCCCAUGGCAACGUUUAACACACAUUACGCAACACUUUUAUUAAACUGCACUGAGGAUUAAACAAACAAAUGUUAUUAGCUACUACAAUUGGACAUGAUGGCCCCGCUCCCAAUGGAGGUGAUUCUAUUUCAUUAAACUAUGGAUUUGUUUUGUUUCUUAUCAACAAGGGCUCAGGCUUAGAAAAUUGAGAAAUGGUUUUAAUACACAUUUUCCAUGUUUGCGUACCUCCCUCCAGUCUCCAAUAAGCACUUUACAUUCAUCAUGGUGCCUUGGUACAACCCCAUGAUGUGGCGAAGCAGCACGAGUGGAUAUUUUUUUGUUUGUGUUGAUGUUUGUUUUCAUUAAUUCUAGACUAGUCCUUAUCAGUUCCACCAUUCCAACCCUGACACACAUUUACUGAAGAAAGUGGGCACUCUUUGCAUUUGUGUUUUUGAUACAGGCGGGAAAAACCGAGUUUGUUAGGAUCAUGUAAGAGUAACGAUCCAUUUUUUUUGCCCCAACCCUUUCAUUGCUUUUCCUAAGUGAGUAAUGUGCUCAUUAGUACUGUAUCUUGAUGUGCAGGGAUUAAGGUCGUGGAUUCUUCUUUGCCGACAUGUUUGGCCGCGUGCUUUGUGUUGUGUGUGUUAAAAAACAAAGUCACCCCUUUCAACCAAAGAAAAUCAUCCAAAUGCCACCAGAUUAGAAUUGGGCAAAAUUAGAGAAUGAAGAUUAGGAAUUUAGUUACUUUAUAGAGACACAUUUUCGAUGAAGAAUGAGACAUUUUCAAAAUUCCUGCUGGAUUUUUGUGCAGGGACGGUUUUCACUUAAUGGGCACUCCAUCUAUAGAAACUUUUCAUUUUUCAAAUCUAUCUGGGUCAAUCCAGAGAGUUCUCAGAGAGAGCGCAGUACAGUUGUAUGAAAAUGAAGAUCAGUGAGUUCCGGAUGGAGCCUAGCUCUGAGAGUCGGCUGAGGGUCUGUCUUGAUGGCAGCUGGCUACUUCCUGGUUCUCUUUGCAUAUUUUAAGACAGAAAACUCUGCUCAUCCAAUUUCCGUUAUCAGCCAGACACAGCACUGAGAUCUCCCCUGCUCACCAGCUCUUCUAUAAUGAAGAUCUUUUUGUGUUCCCAUCGACUUCACUGAACAGCCGGGGACGGGACCAGAAGCUUCCAGCGUCUUUCUGCGGCUGUAGCUUGCGUUUCUCUGCGCUGCACAUGCAUUACAAACCUGAGACAUGCAUCAGUCAUGCUGUUGGACAUAUUCUACAUCAACUAUCAUUUAUAUUCUUCCAUUUUUUUUCAUUGUCACUGCAUGUUGACAGCUACAUCAAACCCAUUCAAUGUAUUUUGACAUCACUAUUAGGUCCAUUGCAGUGUGUCUAGAUGCAACCAUGAGGGGGGAGUGUGUAAGCUAUUUUGAAAAGCUUUGGAGCUUAGAUGAUUUUUUUUUUUCAUGUCUAUAAAUGGACAGGAUCGGUAUGAUUUGUCGCCGGAGUUAUUGCUGAAAAACUACUGAAUGUGUUUCAUUUCACUGAGUGCAUCAGAAUUUAUCUAUCUAUACUGUGUUCAAUAUCUGUCACCCAGCAACUGCUCCCCUGUUUGUGUGCAGUAAUGGAAAAAAAAAAUGUGUUGACAGUAUGUGUCAUCCUAGGAAUAAAAACAGAAUGUCCAAUUUAUCGAGAGUAUAAUAUAGCAAGAUAUUUACAGAGAGAUGCUUUUUUAUUACCAGAGACUUUUACAUUCCUGUAUGUUUGUCAAGGCAACAAACAUAUUACAAGGACCCAAGUUUCCUUUUGUUUUUUUUCCCAUAAUAUUAUUUCAUGCCAGUCCAGUAGAUCUCCACUAGACUCGACUUGAGACUGAAAGGCAUGACAACCCAUUGAACCCAAGCGAGAUCAACAUGGCCCUUAAACGCCUCAAUAACCAACAAAACAGUCAAAGGCAAAGAUCGAGUGUCAUUCUCUUGCUGUACACCAAAAGGGAUACGUGUAAAGACAUGGACAAACGUGGACGUGAGCAGACAGUGUGUAACUACAGAGAGCAAAUACAGAGGGAAAUCGUCUCUGAGAAAAGAGAAUAUGUUAACGAAUAAAAACCUUUUUUGUACAGAGAUAUAUUUUUAUGAAAAUACAUUUGUAAUAUAAAAAGAAAAAAAUGGAUUGACAUAUAUGUAAAUGUUUUUCUUUUUCAUUAUUGUAGUACAAAUGCUAGUGGGGAGUAUAUGAAAAAUCUAUAUAUAAAUAUAUAUAUAUAUAAAUAUAUACAAAGAAAAAUAGAAACAAGGCUUUUUGUAUAUGUAAAAAAGUUUGUAAAUAAAAGUUUACAUACAUACUGUACAUAUGUAAGACCCACCAUGGCUUGUCUGCAAUAUAUAAAAUGUAUUUUAUCCGUCUGUAUAUGAUGCUUUGCAUUGUGUCUAAGCUUAUUCUACUUUCUUGAACUUGAAACUUAUUUUGAAGGUUUUGGAAUAAAAUAUAAAACCUA